AUGUUUCAACCAAAUCAAAGUUAAAUUAAGUACCAGAAUCAAUUUGGUGCCACAUCUGCAGUGUAUUUCUCACAACAACAAACAUCAAGAGACAAAGUAUAAAAUUGCGAAACAUCAUCUAGCCUAUAUAAACAAGAGAUGCUUCUGAAAAUAAAUAAUUGAUAUAAUAUCCAGCUUCUCAAAUAGUUUAUGGUCCAUCAAUGAAAUUCAAUUCACCAGUGCAUAGCAACAUAGCCUUUCGUAAAACAUCAAAAGAAUUAAAUAUUACAAUAGAGGAUCCAUCUGUGUGUUAAUAAUUACGCUAACCAUCCCCAAAUGUCAAAAAACAAAGAGAACAGAUGGAAAAGGAUUGGAAUAAAUUGAUUGACAAAUCUAAGAGUCUAUAAGAAAAUUUAGUAUUGCUAAAAAACAACAUCAGUAUGAAUCUAAACAAAAAGUAACCAGAUCAACGUUUAACCAAAGAAUCAACAUCUACAGCUGCUGGUUUAUCAUCAAGAAUGAAAUUAUAGAAAGUAAAUGUUACUUGUAAAUUGAAUUCUCCAUUUAAGGCUCAACCAAAAAUAGAAGUAUGUAAAAGUUUGAGUAAUAAUGCAUUUGGCAAUCUCAAAUUUACAGCAAGUGCUGGUAAAAACCCAACUAUUUUAAAUACAGCAAGUGCUAUAAAUUAUGUUAAUAUGAACAACAAUUAUGCGAAAAAGUUAUUAGAUGAACAUCAAUCUCAAAAAGUGACAACUUAAAAUACAAUACCAAAAUAAACCAAUCCACUUUAUAUUUAAAUAGAAAAUAAAUUGAAAUUAAAAAUAAGUUCAUUUUUGGGAAGAGGAAAGUUUAGUGAUGUUCAUAUGGCUAUUGACAAUAGAACUGGACUGGUUUUUGCUUUAAAAAUUAUCAAAAAGUAAACUGUUAUAGAACAUGAAAUGUCAGAAUAAUUAGCUAGAGAAAUUGUAAUUUAAUCUAAAUUAUCUCAUCCUAACAUAGUCAAAAUGUUUGGAUAGAGUUAUGAUCAAUAAUAUAUUUAUAUGAUGUUAGAGUAUUGCAAUAAUGGUGAAUUAUUUUAACAUCAAUAUAAAUAACCUAAUAAACGAUUUAGUGAAAAGGAAGCUAGUAAUUUAAUAAUGCAAAUUCUAUCUGCUAUUCAAUAUAUGCAUAAAUAGGGAUUUAUGCAUAGAGAUUUAAAAACAGAAAAUAUUUUAUUAUCACUUGUAUGAAUAUAAAAUAAUAUUAGAAUUACAUUAAAUUAUGUGAUUUGGGUUGUGUCAGAGAAAUACCUAAAUUUGAAGACAGAAGAAAUACUUUUUGUGGAACAGUAGAUUACAUUGCACCAGAAGUAAUAAAGGAUGAAGGUUAUGAUGAAAGAUGUGAUGCUUGGUAAAUUGCUAUUUUAGCUUAUGAACUUGUAGCUGGAAAUACUCCAUUUUCAGAAUUUCCAAGAGAUGAUGAAGUCAUCAUGGAAAACAUAUUAAAAGUAUUUUGUUAUUUAAUUAUUUAGAAUAAAUUUGAUCUUCCUAAUUUCUUUUCUCCAGCUUUGAAGGAUUUUGUAAAAAGUGGAUUACAAUAAAGUCCAGAUCAAAGAAUAUCUAUUGAUUAAAUGUUAUUACAUAAGUGGAUUGUUGAUAAUAAUAAGGCUACAAAUAGAGAGUAUAUAUUUUGA